GUAAACACCAACUAUCUAUAAUUAACAUCAACAAUUACAAUUUUUUACUUAAUAAUGUAAAUGCAAUAUAACAUAUGUAACAGUUACAUUGUUGAGUAAGAAAUUAAAAUAUUGAUAUAAUAUUACUGUUAGUUAGUAUUUAUUGAGAUUGAACUAAUAGCACUGAUCCGAUAUUAAUGUUCACGUCGAAAUUUAUACUAUAUUUAUUAUUAUAUUUAUAUGAUAUCCGCGCAUUGUAAAUCUUUUGAUUGUUGCACACACGUCGCCGUGUACAAACACGAAACUGACAUAUUUGAAGGCGUGCUCGACUGAAAUUCCAUGGGAAUGUUUCUCGCGAUGCGAGCUGCGAGAGGAUGACCAAGUGACUUAAUUACUGUGAUAUAGAAAGUACUUUGCAAUCAUUGUAUAAUAAUCUAACUAUCGGCUGCGGCGCGUCACAAAGUAUCUCGCUUCGAAAUCGGGGUUGCACCUGAGACUUUCUUCUUUCACUAAAGAUUACUGACUUCCUCAGUCUGGACUCGACGUGUUGCAACGCCAUUUAUUCGAUACAAGUCUUUAUCGAGUCAUCGAUAUAAGUCUUUUGUAGUUAAUAAGGUGAGUAAUGUCACAAAUUCGCCGUGCGUUUUGCAUCGAAGGAAAAUUAACUCGGUAUUCGGGUCGUCCGAAAAGUCAAUUGUCGAAAUACGAUGCGGUAGAAGCGAGAUAUCUUGUAGAUCGCCGCAGGAAAUGCAUCGCUGUGAAUUUACAUCACUGUGACUAUAUAUUGUACAUACUGUAGCAUCCGAUCUAACAUAAUAGAUAAUGAUUGUGUUAUCAGUCGAACGGAUGUAUCAAAAUGUAUGCAACGAUAUUUUUCUUUUUAGUCAAUGUACAUAUGUAUGCGUGUAUAUGAGUGUGUAUGUGUGUAUAUAGUGUGUGUGUGUGUGUGUGUGUGUGUGUAUGUGUUCGCGCGUAUAUAUUUUAAUCAAAGGAUAUCUUAAGCAUACGGGGUGUUUCUCGCAAGCAGAUGGACAUCUCAACUUGAAAUAAAAAAAUACAAAUUCACUGAGCUUACAUUGUACAUAUUCAGUAAUUGUCUCACGCUUCUUCGCAAAUAAAAGAAGCGUGAAGUUCAUUAGUAAUUACUAGUAUAGUUCGUCAAAAUUACAUCGAUAUCGGUCCCGACAUCUUACAAUGAUACGUUACAUUCAAAUAAAACAGAUAUCUUCCCUGAAAAAAGAUGUCCAAUAUAUAUUUUGUAAUAUAAUCUAUAUAAAAAUGUAAAGUGUAUGUGUAUUCGUAAUCAUUAUCGUCGUUAUAUGAAGCAUUUAUUUAUAAAACUCCACAUAUCGAAAAAAAAAUCGCCGUUGAUUCAUCAUGCUGAGACACGAAUUUUCCUCGAGCAAAAUUCAGCCGGACAAUCCCGAUCAGUAUAAUUCGAUACCGUCUACAGUAAUCGCCGGCGUUUCACACUCUUCGUUUAUCUCUUCUGCAAAUCGUUUAUGCACAUACGCGUAUCAUAUGUCACAUUUGUGUCUGUGUAUGUGUAUGUGUGCGUGCAGGCGAUACUUCAAUAUACGAGCAAUCGGGUAUUCCCCGACACGACGCUCCCACUUCGCCAUCACAAGGCGGUAUCGUUUGGAAAAACCGUGGCCGGACGCAUAGCAACGACGAACGAUCGGUCUUUUCGGUCGGUCGCAAUAAUUUCGCGACUUCGUGGCCACUCGGUGAAAAAAUAUCACGUACAUAAUUAUCGCGUGAACAAUUACAUUCAGAGACAUGUCAUGUCAUGGUCAAGGACGCUGCCAUUUCUGCUGCAAGAGGCACACCUUGCCGAUCUUUGGCCACGACGAGGCGGCACACGCGUUUUUGCGAGAUUCGAAUUUCAAGUUUGUGAUUUUGAACACAGUUUGUUCUCCUUGCAUCGUCAAGAUCGAGAAUUAUUUCAAGAAGACCGGUCUGCGUUUGCCUAUCGAGGGGGUAAUCGCGAGGAAGGUUCACGCCAGCGAAGAUCCGAACACGGAAGUGACCAACCGAGGUGUCUCCAGCGACAAUUCGGCAAUUGUCCAGGAGAAGACGUGUGUCCACGACGAUUCGACGAUAAUUGGCGACGCAGAAAAUCACCCCGGAGAAGCUUCCAGCGCGGUGCUCCAGCACAAGGCUGAAGUGAGCGAACAAGAUGGAGACGUGGGUGACGACAGAGCGAGAAGACGACGGCGCCAAUUGACAUGCGAGUUCUGCUGCAAGGAGUUCAAUCACGCAGGCGAUCUCAACAAGCAUCGGCGAACACACACCGGCGAACAGCCGUACACAUGCGACAAGUGCUCGCAGAGAUUCUCGUACGCGUCCAAUCUCACGCGACAUCGGCGAGUGCAUUCCGGCGAGAGACCGUUCUCUUGUCGCAUUUGCGGACGCAGCUUCGCGCGCAAGGACAAGUUCUCAGCACAUUUGACGUCGGAGCAGUGUAUUGUGCAGCUUUAAGAGCCGUUAGCGAGGGCGAUAUGGUGCGCGUGACACAGUGGACGAUGUUACAAUGUAAUAUAAGAGGAGGUGGAACAAUGAACCGCGGCUUACAACUUUUACAAGUAGCACAAAAUUAUAAAAGAAGAAAAAAACACAGUUAAAUACAUGAAAAGGAAAUGUUGAUGUGUCAGUAAAAUUAGAAAUUUUUGAAACUUUUGAGACUCAGUUCGCUAAGAGACACAAUGUGCUCAAUUCGCUCGCUCGCAAGACUUAUUCUACGAACCUGUGGCAGAAGACAAUAUUUUUAUUUAUUCCUCUCGAUAGUUCAAACGGUAAUGUAUGACGACAUGAAUGGUAAUUUUUCUAUUAAGACAUUAAAGCGAAAUCGUAGGGCGAUAAUCAGCGUGUUGAUCUUCCGUAAAAAUCGAGUAAAGCCUGUAUCAAAAUAGAUAAUGAAAAUUAGAGAUUGCAAUUUGCUUAUAUUCCACAGACAAAGCGGGUCACUGUCAAAAAUGACCAUAUUAAAUUGAAUAUCAAAAGA